AACACAUAAUCAGACCCAUUUUGUUUACCAGAAUCUACAGUAAAGAUGAGUGAACCAGAGCUGCUGCUGGACUCCAAUAUCCGGUUAUGGGUGGUCCUUCCAAUUGUUUUCAUAACAUUCUUUGUUGGGAUGAUUCGUCACUAUGUGUCCAUCUUGCUCCAAAGUGACAAAAAGCUUACUAGAGAGCAAGUGUCUGACAGCCAAGUCCUAAUUCGAAGCAGAGUCCUCAGAGAAAAUGGAAAAUACAUUCCAAAACAGUCUUUCCUGACACGGAAGUAUUUCUUCAAUAACCCAGAGGAUGGAUUUUUUAAAAAAACAAAAAGGAAGGUAGUGCCCCCUUCUCCAAUGACAGAUCCUACUAUGCUGACAGAUAUGAUGAAAGGGAAUGUAACUAAUGUUCUACCCAUGAUCCUCAUCGGCGGUUGGAUCAACAUGACCUUCUCGGGAUUUGUAACAACAAAAGUGCCGUUUCCUCUGACGCUGCGCUUUAAACCAAUGCUGCAGCAGGGAAUUGAGCUGCUCACUUUGGAUGCAUCCUGGGUGAGUUCUGCUUCAUGGUACUUCCUGAAUGUGUUUGGUCUGAGAAGCAUUUACACACUCAUCCUGGGUCAAGAUAAUGCUGCAGACCAAUCUAGGGUGAUGCAGGAACAGAUGACAGGUGCAGCAAUGGCCAUGCCUGCAGAUACGAACAAAGCCUUUAAGACGGAAUGGGAAGCGUUAGAAUUGACUGAUCAUCAGUGGGCAUUAGAGGAUGUGGAAGAAGAGCUCAUGGCCAAAGAUCUCCACUUUGAAGGCAUGUUUAAGGAAGAGUUACAGACCUCUAUUUUCUGAAAAUAAAGCUGAGUUUGAACAUAUGCUUUGCAUUUUCCUGCAAAAGGUGUUUAAAAAUGUUACUUACUAAAAUAUACUAUUACUUUUUGGUGCUCAGAAUAAAAGAGACCAUGUUGAGAACUGCAUUUAUCUAGCUUCCGCUCAAGCGUUAUUGUUCCCAUCUGUCUUUGGGCUAGAUUUGAUCCCAAGGGGAUCAGUAUAGGUUUCCAGAUCAAGUAAUACUGUACACUAGUAAAGCAGUCUUAAAGUAGAAAAUAUAACCAUGUCAGAAUAAGAAAUGCAGAACUGAAGUACCAAAAAAAAAAUAUCACUCAUCUUUCAGAAUCAGCCUCAGGGUUCAGUUUCAGUCUCAUCUUUAUAAUCUUUUUCCUGUUUUAUCAAUUAUUGUUUUCCUCUGAGAAAACUGUACAAAAUAAAAAACAGUGUUUUAACACUAAAAAAA